AUGGCGGGAGUAUUGUUCGAUGACCUAUUCCAUGUGAAAGACGUCGAUCCUGACGGAAAGAAGUUCGAUCGAGUCUCCAGACUGUUUUGCGAAAGCGAGUCGUUCAAAAUGGACCUAAUUUUGGACGUCAAUGUUCAGCUGUAUCCAGUGAAGUUGGGUGACAAGUUUCGAUUGGUGAUCGCAAGCACUUUGCGCGAGGACGGCUACCCGGAUGACGCAGAGUACGAUCCGAACAUGAACUGUUCUCGAAUGGACAGUUUCGAGUACGUCAUGUUUGGCAAGGUGUACCGCGUCGAGGGCGAUGACCCGAACUCCGGAGAAGGUGGUCGAUUGUAA